CUGCCAGAGGGAGGGUCAGCAAGCUUUGCCAAAUACGCCGGCGCCCCAUACGCCCAGGAAGCGAAACAGGCACCUAGAUUCCUGCUCAACUAACAUGUCCACCAUACCCAUGUUUUAAAGCUGAUCUAGUUUGUUGUAGUGUAUUUAUGUUUUAAUAAUGCCUUAUUUAACUGUAUAAUGCCAGAUAGUCGCGGGGAUGAGGUUCACGAGAGAUAUCUACCGGCUGCUGGGGCUCUCGAGCGGCCCCAGUGAACAGAGAGAGGAGAGCAUGGAAACAGAAGCUGCGACUGAUGCCAGCCACACUUCAGCACCACAGGAGCCCCUCAGUGGGGAGGAGGGCUUAAGUGAGGAGGAGAGAUCCAAAAGACGGGCAGAGAAACGACGGGCUAAGAAGAAGCGGCAGAAAGAACGGAAGAAGCUGGAGAAGGGGAAACAGAACGAAAACAUGGAACAGGAGGAGGAGUCAGCGGAAGGCCCAGGUGAGAGUGAGUCAGAGGAGGAGGGACCAGGUGGGGAACAGGAAGAGGAGGGGCCUGCACAGGAAGAGGAGGAGCCUAUGAAGGAAGUGGAACCAGCGCCUGUCCCGCCCCCCACCAAGAGUUCAGUAGCUCCGCCUCUUGGAAGCAGAGCCAACCGCCAGCACGCAACCAGUGAAGAGGACCCUGAGUGGGAUGUCAGUAGUGCGUUUGUGGCCAAUGCCGUGAGCCACCUGAGGCCGAGAGCCAAGAGCAAAACUCCACGCAGCAGCCGGGAGAACAAGGAGAACGAGAGCCGAGGAGGCCAGACCAACUGCACAGAUAGUGGGGCUAAGAGAAGUGCCUACCUCACAGAGAAGGGCAUCCAGCUGGUUCAGGAGGGCCAGUACUUUCAGGCAGUUUCCAUGUUUACAGAAGCCAUCAAGUAUGACGCUACCAACUACAGGUUCUUUGGGAACCGCUCCUACUGUUAUGAGUGUCUGGAGCUGUAUCCACAAGCUCUGGCCGACGCCGAGAUGUCCAUCAGACUAGCCCCCACCUGGCCCAAGGGCUUCUACAGACAGGGCAGUGCCCUAAUGGGGUUAAAGAGGUACAGUGAAGCAGAGAAGGCCAUGGAGCAGGUGCUUUUGCUGGAUAAGGACUGUGAAGAGGCGGCCAACGAACUCUUCAAUUGCAGAGCCCUUCAGCUUAUGGACCUCGGCUUUGAGGAGAUGCAGAGUGUCUCACUGCUGGAAAAGUACACUACAGUUCAGGCUGCACUCGCAUCUUCCGAGGCAACAGCAGUGGUGACCCAGGAGAGCUCCUCUGGCCAGGCUGGGGGUCCAUCUCUAUGGGUGGGGAACGUCACCACUGAACUGACGGAAAAACAUCUAUGGGACCUCUUCAAGACGUGUGGAGAGAUAGAUAGUAUCCGUGUGCUGCAUGAGCGGUUCUGUGCCUUUGUCAACUUUAAAAAUGCAAGCAUGGCGUCCCGGGCCCUGGAGAAACUCAAUGGCUAUGGAAUUGAAAACACUCGACUGGUGGUACGUUAUCCUGACCGGCGCACGCAAAGACCACUCCCUCUGCUCCCCUUAAAGGCCCCGCCCCCUCUCUCAGGAGCCUCUGGUGCCAGGCGACGGGGCCCUGUACACGGGGAUGAGUGUUACUUUUGGCGGACGACAGGCUGCCAUUUUGGGGAGAAAUGUCGCUACAAACACAUUCCUGACCAGCGGGGGAAAGACCGCAAGCCCUGGCAACCCUGAUCAACAGGGGGAAGACUGCUUGACCUGGCAACCCUGAUCAACAGGGGGAAGACUGCUAGACCUGGCAACCCUGACUCCAGCACCGGCUCUCUAUGUGUCUGUCUGUCUCACUCAAACUGGACUAUUCUGUGUGUGUGUGUGUGUGUGUGUGUGUGAGAGAGAGAGA